CCGGUGUUAUUAAACUUUUUGUUUUAAAAUUUGUAUUAUUCUACUCUCGGUAUGGAUGACGAUUUUGAGUUUUAUAUUACUUUUCCUGUGAUCGCUGAACCUGUGGUAAAAAAGGAACCAGUUGUUAUUCUUUUUGGUUGGGCUGGUUGUGUCGAUAGAUACUUAGCAAAAUACAGUGAAAUUUAUCAAAAGAAAGGGUGCACAACAAUAAGGUACAUAACUUCAACAAAUGUAGUAUCACCCAGAAUUAUUGAUGAGAAGAAAAUAUACAACCUUGCUGGAAAUGUAAUUAAUUUGCUGCUCGACAUGAAGUUCGACAAACACCCAAUAUUCUUUCACGUUUUCAGCAAUGGUGGUGCAACAGUUUAUCGCUAUGUUAGUGAAAUGAUGAGAAAGAAGCAUCCAGAUGAAUUCCAGAUCAAAGGAUGUAUUUUCGAUAGCUGUCCAGCAAAAGUGAAAGCCUCUGGAUUCAUUCGAGCAACUUUAGCCAUGACUGAAGGCAAUCUUAUCACAAAGUACAUGAUAGCACUUGUGGCUUUGUUCCGUGCAACUGUCAUUGGAAUAUAUAGCGCAAUGUUAUGUUUUUUUACUGGUAAAAUUAAUUACUAUAGGCUAUGGAAUGGUCUGAUGGAAGAACCCAACAUGUGUCCUCAAUUGUUCCUUUUCUCAAAAGCAGAUGAUGUUUGUUGUUGGGAUACAAUUCAAGAGUUUGCAGAUGGGCGUAAAAAAAGAGGGGUUGAUGUUAAAGCUGUUGUGUUUGAGGAAUCCGCUCAUGUUAAGCACAUGGUAACAUAUCGAGAUGAGUAUUUGAAGCACGUUUAUAAUUUUAUUGAUGAUAAUUCAAGAUUUGAAGAACCAUUUAAUGAGCUAAUAGAAUAGAUAAUUUUUUGGGAAUGAUGUAGAUUUCUUAAUAAUAAUGAUGAAAAAAAAAAUAUAUGCCCCCUCCCCAGUGUCUCUUGGUUCAACAUAUGUAUUUGAAUUGGAGGUAAAAUUUGUUAUACCAUUUUGUUCUUUUAAACCUAAUUACUUUUUUUUCUUCUUUUGAAAUUUAUUUUUGAUACAUAACACACUUAGGUUCAUUUGAUCAAAUUUUAAUAAUUAUUUAAUGUGUUUUUCACUGUUGAUAUAUCUUGAAUGUCAUUCUAACAAAUGCAACAAUGCAUAAUUAUCUACUUAUACUCAUUUUACAUUUGGUUGCAUUGGUGCUUUUCUGUUGGAGGUUAUAUGUCGUGCAGUAUAGAUCUAAAUUAUUUAUUUAUUGCUUUAUUUUAUUUAUUUAUUUUGGCUACGGGUAUUACCUAUUUAUACUCCAAUACUCAUUUUACUCUUAAUUGUUUCCUUGUCAAAAGUUAUGUGUGCAAUAUAGACCUAAUGUAUUUAUUUCUCUGUUUUAUUUAUUUUGGCUAUGGGUAUUUACAUAUUUAUUUUAUUACUGCAAGAAUGUGAUAUUUACGUUUUUAUGAACUGUUCUGUGAUGGGACCAGUGAUAUACUGUUGAGUGGUGAAAGUUUAAAGAAAAUGUUUUAAUAAAUAUAAAAUUUUUAUGGCAGAACCAAAAAAGAAAAAAAAAUGACCGGAAUCAAUCAAAAUAGUUAAGAAUAAUAAGAUUUCAAAGAUAUAAAGUUAAAAGAAAUUUGUUACUUAAACUUAAGUUCUCUCAAGGUUAUGUUAAUGAAAUUUCACUCAAAAUAUUUGCAAGAUUCUCAUGGAUUUAUGUCUGUUAGUUUUGUUAUGAAAAUAAAUACUUUUAUUCAAGCACAUUAUUUAAAAAUUCAUAAUGAAUUUUUAAUAUUUUAUAUUUCUAAGAAUUUGACAUUCAAAAAGAAAAUGUAUUUUAUAGCAACUUAAAUCAUUUGAACUAAUACUUUGUCUUUCCCUGUUGAUUUUGUCAUUUUAAUAGAUUUGUACUUAAAGUCCUAGUUACACGAUAUAUUAAAACAAAUUUUAGUACAAGUUAUUUUGAUAUUUUCUCAUUUUGUUAUUUGAUAGAUAAUUAUUCAUUCAUAUCCUGAUGCAGAGUAAUCAUUUGCAAAAUAGGUAAAAUUUGUUUGUGCUAUUUUAAUAGAUUUUAUUGCAAUGCCUUUUAAUUUUUAAAAAAUAUUUUAAUCAAAAAUUUGUUUCAAAAUGUGUGUAUAUUAAGUUUUUGUGUUAAG